CUUCUACACCGGUUUAGACGUUUAACUUACAUUUUGCGCACUAUCCCUGGGUUGUGAUCAGCCUGUGAUCUAGUAACCAUGAGUGAGGCUGUGAACCCGAAGGCCUACCCGCUGGCGGAUGCCCAGCUGACCAACACCAUCCUGGACAUUGUCCAGCAGGCGGCCAACUACAAGCAGCUUAAGAAGGGUGCUAACGAGGCUACGAAGACCCUCAACCGCGGCAUUUCUGAGUUCGUCGUUAUGGCCGCUGACACUGAGCCUAUUGAGAUUCUGCUGCACCUGCCUCUGCUGGCUGAGGACAAGAACGUCCCCUACGUCUUCGUCCCCAGCAAGGCCGCCCUCGGCCGCGCUUGCGGCGUGUCUCGCGCGGUGAUUGCCGCCUCCGUGACCACCAACGAGGGCAGCCAGCUGAAGCCGCAGAUCCAGAACCUCAAGGGUGCCAUCGAGAAGCUGCUCAUCUAACCUGGCCAGCGCUAUAUAUAUAGUUGUUGGUCAGAUGUGAUGCGGACGGUGUGUGAGGACGUCUGCUGGAGGGUCCGGGCCCUGGUGUUGGGCAGCGGCUGGCCACGUGUACCGCCAACCCGCCCGGCACCCAGGGACCGCUGCAGCCCGCCCGGCCUUGGAUAGCGGGGUGACUGCAGGCCCCUUCCACUCAUGUAACCACAAUUCAUAUAUGUUUCA